GGAUUACUGUAUGGCAUAUGCUUCACCCAGAUGCAUUAACUGGAUGCCUUGGCUGGCACUUUAAACACUAGUUUGAAUUUCAAGUGAAUUCUUUGGGCAGAAAGCUUGUCAUGGAGGGGUCAAGUAGGAUGGAGAGACAGAAGUUUCCAUUCACAAUUGACAGUAUACUGAACAGAUUUCCAAGUAACAGUGAGGAGAGUAGGCAGUCUGGUGCCACCCACAACCCUGUACAAAGUGAGGAUGGAGCAAGAUCAGAGAGUAUUACUGCUGGGAGCCACAUAGAACAUCCACAGCACACCUGUUCAUGCUGCUGCUACUGCUCCCACUGCGGAGAGGUGUUCCAGGCUGAUUAUCCUCCUGAAACAUGCCAAUAUGCAUGGUCCAGAAGAAUGUUUCCGGAGCCAUGCAGGUCAGGAGGAAAUACCCACAGCGAGGAGCAGUCCUUCAGUCAGGUCCAGAGGCGCACCCGGCGACACCGCACCAUAUUCACCGAGGAUCAGCUGGACGCUCUGGAAGAGCUGUUCCUUCAGAACCAGUAUCCAGAUGUGAAGACGCGGGAAAAACUAGCACUGAGUACUCAUUUACACGAAGAGCGAGUAGAGGUGUGGUUUAAAAACCGAAGAGCGAAGUGGAGACGACAAAAAAGAACAGCAUUUAGUGGGCGAAACCUGGAAAACUAGAAGAUUAUGCCGGAUAUGUCCAUCGUGAAGACAUGUUUGGAUACUUUGCAUCCAAUGCAAUAAUGAGGCUAGAUUAAUUCUAAAAACGCCAGCAUUUCUGGUGACGUCACGCGUGUACAUUCUCCCAAUGACGUUCCUUGAUUAGCAAAACGUCAACUAAGAACUAUUGAUAUAACUACGUGAAUUAAAUUAAGGUAUUCAUACGCUUCUAUUUUCAGAGGCUCUUUUUAGUUUAUAACGGGAUUAUUUACAUUCAGCAAGGUUUUGUUUGGCUUGCUAGCUAACAGAGAAGUCAAGGCCACCAGAGACCAUUUCGCUGACUUCUUCUAGCGACCGACAAUGGAAGGAUUUGGAAAGGCGCUUAUGUCUGGAACCCUUGUCCCAGCUAAUCCUGUCACAACAGUUGCUCUUCGACAGCCACCCGAGGAAACAAAGAAAACAAACCGAAAGGUUCUCGAUGAAGAAAACUACAUAGAGAGUUUAGAGAAGAUCAUCCAGAGGGACUUUUUCCCAGAUGUGACCAAGUUACAUGCACAGAAGGACUACCUCGAAGCUGAGGAAAAUGGGGAUCUUGGGAAGAUGAGGGAAAUAUCCAUUAAGUAUGGGUCAUCUUUAGCCAAGUCCACACCACGCUCCACUGCCCCAUAUGUUACUCCAGCUUCCUUUGAGACACCAGAGGGUCGUCCUGGGUCUCCCUCUUCUGUACUGGGCAAAAACAAGAAAGGAACAGACGUGGUGAACAAGGAAGGAGAUGAGGAAGAGAAAGAGCUGCCCUGUCUUGAUCGCUUCUUGGCUAAGAACACAAGUGAGGAUAAUGCAUCCUUUGAGCAGAUCAUGGUUCUGGCAGAAGACAAGGAAAAGUUGAGGCAUGCGUGGCUGUAUGAGGCAGAGGCUGAAUUUAAACAGCGGCAUGAAGAAAACCUUGCACUUCCUUCAUCUGAGAAGCAGGCCCUUGAGUGUGUAAAGGCAGGACUGGAGACCUGGGAGUACAAAGCAAAGAAUGCCCUUAUGUACUAUCCAGAGGGUGUCCAAGAUGAUGACACACUCUUCAAGAAACCCAGGGAGGUGAUUCACAAGAACACUCGCUUUGUGGGAGACCCCUUCAGCAAAGCCCUUAACAAAUGCCAGCUUCAACAGGCUGCAGCCCUCAAUGCACAGUUCAAACAGGGUAAAGUAGGCCCAGAUGGCAAAGAACUUAAUGCCCAGGAUUCCCCUAACGUGAAUGGAUAUGGGUUUGAAGGAACUCCCUGCCCUUCCCCAGGUAUGGCUGAGUCCCCCCUGAUGACCUGGGGUGAGAUAGAGAGCACCCCCUUUCGCCUGGAUGGGUCUGACGCACCGUUUCAAGAGAGGAGCAUCGGCCCAUCAUUUAAGAUUCCAGAACCAGGAAGAAGAGAGAGGUUGGGUUUGAAAAUGGCCAAUGAGGCUGCCGCCAAAAACCGGGCAAAGAAGCAAGAAGCAUUGCGAAAGGUCACAGAAAACCUGGCAAGUCUCACCCCAAAAGGCCUGAGCCCAGCAUUGACCCCUGCCCUUCAGAGGCUUGUAAACCGCACCUCCAGCAAAUACACAGACAAAGCUCUAAGGGCAAGCUACACACCAUCACCCACACACAGAGGAGCAGGCUCCAAGACCCCCCUGGGUGGUCCAGCCACUCCCUCAGGCACUCCGACACCAAGCAAAGCUAGGACCCCCGCCUCCCAGGACCCAGCAUCCAUCACAGACGACUUACUGCAGCUUCCCAAGAGGAGGAAAGCAUCUGACUUCUUCUGACUGGAGUAAAGCAAAACUGAGAGAGAACGGUUAUCUUGAGGAAGUGAACUCUUACAUGUUUAAAGCAAGUUGUCAUCAAGCAAAUUACCAGCCAUGUUUCUCUCUAACCCACCUCAGGCCCUCCCCCUGGAUUUUAUGGACUUGCCUUUUAUGGCUGGAACAGUCUGUGCACAAUGAAGGGCCGAGUCAUAAUACCAACUCUGAAUUCAAGGAUAAUUGGAAAACUCAGGUCAUUACUGUUUUUAGGGUGUUGGACAGAAAUGCAUAGUAUGUACUGUGUUAGAAACCUUCCAAGACUGGAUAACUUACAAUAUGUGGGAUCCAAAGAGAUGAUAUAAUUGUACAUAGCCUAGGCUGAUGUUAUUUUAAUCUUGGUGAAUAUUACGAGGCUUUGUUGAUUUUUUGGUUUGUUAAUAUGUUCAAAUGUAAGCCUCUAUUGUAUGCCUUUUUCUGCAAUCUAAUCUUUCAGUCCUCAACCUAAAAAUUGCCUUGUUGUAAAUCCCAAAUGUUGACACUCACCUUUGUCAUAGCAGACUAGACAUCUAAAAAUGUAACGAAGUCUCUAUGGUUCAUCUUGACAAAUAUGUAUGUUCCAAUGAUUAUGAACUAUUCAAGUGGAAUAAAUCCAGGACUUCAACAUCAGGAAUCAGCAGGGAUGUUGUUCCUUGCAUCAGGGAAUUAUUUUUUCUUGGUGUGCUUAAAUGUCCCAGCUGCAUCUUCGCUCUCCACUGAAGGUUUUGGAUCUGAUUCGGCCUCUGCUUUCACCCCUUUUCUUGUUCUCAUUGCCAUGAGGAUUCUUACUACUUUCCCCCAUCCUUUCCUUUUUGGAGCCAGCUGCUUCCGAUGUGGAAGGCCCAUCUUCCCGUCUCGUACUACCAUCAUGUGAUUUGGACUGCACCCAUACAUGCUCAAGGAUAUCGUCAAUCUCUACCCUCUGGGCCACAUUGUUGUUAAGCACGCGAUAUAUCAAGCCUUUGUACUCUGUUGGGACAGCUUUACUGUGUGGGAAAUCAAUGCGAUGCUCUUUCUGAAUCUUCAGCAUCUUCUUGAUAUUGGAGUCAUCAUAGGGAAUAGAAUGACCCCCAUACUCCAAACAUCAUACACUUUGGGGUUGUAUGGGACCCCCUGUAAUACCUCUGGUGAUGCAUAGGCUGCAGAGCCACAGAACGUUUUGCUGAGAAUCAUUUGUCCAUCCUCAUCAUAUUUGAUCCUCCUGGCGAAACCAAAGUCUGACACUUUGAGAUUAAAGUCUUGGUCCAAUAGCAGGUUUUCACAUUUCAAGUCUCUAUGAACAACAUCUAAGGCGUGUGUGAAUUUUAUUGCAAGUGACAGCUGUUUGAACAGUUUUCUGGUGAAAUCUUCGGGCAAGGCACCCCUGAAUUUGAUGAACUCCAGUAGGUCCCCUUGCACACCAAGCUCCAUAAUCAUGUACACCUUGCCUUCUGAAGAUCUCGAAGGUCUUGACGAUGUUGCGGUGGUUUAGGGAUGCAAGAAUGUCCAGUUCCCGGGGCAAGAACUUCUCAAAACAAUCCGGCAGCGCCCUUUUUCUGUUAAUCAUUUUGAUUGCCACAUUGGUCUUCAGACGCUCGGAAUAAGCGGAUUUUACUUUGGCGUACGACCCUCGCCUAAACUGAUGCCUAAUGUAUAACCCCGUUUCCUUAGCACCAGUGAGUCGUCCAUGGCUAAAUAGGACGACCCGAACUAUUUUGGUGAAUGUUAUAAUACACCUUUAUUGACACCCUAUGUGUGAUCAACAUUCUAUAAUUGAUCACUAACUUGGGAAAUUACGAUCUUUGUUUCUAUUACAUGUUUGUUUGUGUAAUAAUGGAAUGUUUAAUUCCUCAAAAGCAGUCAUUGAUGUAUGCCAUUAGGCGCAUGGCUCAUUUCCCAGUCAUUGCAUGUUAUCUGAAAGGAUGUUAUAACAUUAGUGAAUUGUAUAUGAUGCCUACAUGUAUACAUUAAGAAAAUAAUUAUAAUCAAUGUGUGAAUUGAUAAAAAAUAACUUUCAUUACA